AUGGAUUUAUUUAUUAUUAACAGAUAUACAGGAGAUGCUGAAGACAAUAUAGCAACUCAAGAAUCAGUUCAUUUACUUAAACUAAAGCAAGCAAUUGAAGAUAGGAAAAAAGCGUCUUCACAAAAACUAGGUUCUGAAUCUUGUGAACCUGCAACCAAAAAUGAAAAACAUGAAGACAAUAGCGAAUUACAAAUUGAUAAUAUUUAUGUGGAUGUUGAGCAGAAUCCAUUGAAGGAGUUGAAAGAAAAAGUUGUAAUAACAAAUGUUGAAAAGACAAAUAUUAUUAAUGAAUUUAAAGUACUUGGAAGUAGUGACUUUGAGAAAAAACCGAAGGUAGAAAGAGUUUUACCAUAUUGGUUGUCUCAUGCCUAUAGUGUGUCCAAGAAUCUUCAAAAGCUCAAAUGUAACGUAGAAGACCAAGCAUGGUUACACAGUACACUGAAAAAGACCUUGGCAAGUGAGGGAGUUUUUAAAUUGUUUCCAGUACAAGAACAAGUUAUUCCAUUUAUAUUGAAAGAACAGAGCUUACCUGCUCCAUUAUGGCCACAUGAUGUGUGUGUUUCUGCUCCAACAGGUAGUGGAAAGACACUAUGCUUUGUUUUACCAAUCAUUCAGAGUCUGAUGCCAGAACUAGGACACCACAUAAGAGCAUUAGUAGUGCUGCCUGUUCAAGAAUUAGCCACACAAGUAUCUGCUGUAUUUCGAAAAUAUUGCACUAAUACUGGUCUUAAAGUGGCAUUGUUAAGUGGAGCAUCACAAUUGCAAAAGGAACAACAACAAAUAUUAAAAAAUACUGAAACUCAUGGCUGGAUCAGCACAGUAGACAUAAUUGUUUGUACAGCAGGAAGAUUAGUUGAACAUCUACAAAAUACUGAAGGAUUUACACUAAAAUAUUUGAAAUUUCUUGUUAUUGAUGAAGCUGACAGAAUUAUGGAUAAUAUACAAAAUGACUGGCUUUAUCAUAUGUAUAAGCACAUUCAACUGGAAGGCCAUGCUUCAAACAAAAUUGCCCAACUAAAUUGGGAUUUCAUAUGCAACACAAGAAACCCACCUCAAAAACUUCUUUUCUCUGCAACUUUAUCACCUGAUCCUGAACUACUAGAGCAGUGGGGAUUAUUUCAACCAAAAUUAUUCUCGGUUGCACCAAUAUCUGAUACUUUGGACAAAAAUUCUAAAAAAUAUUCAACGCCUGAUGAAUUAAAAGAACAAUUUGUUACAUGUUCCACAGAAGAAAAGCCAUUGAUUCUUUAUCACUUCUUAGUAGAACAAAAAUGGGACAAAGUUUUAUGCUUUAUGAAUUCAGGGCAAUCAGCACACAGAUUAACGGUACUUCUUAAUAAUUGGGCAGAAGGAAAGAUAAAAGUGGCAGAAUUGUCAGCUUCUCUUGAUAGAUCAUCUAGAGAAAAUGUGUUAAAGAAAUUUAGACUUUCUGAAAUAAAUGUAAUUGUAAGCACUGAUGCCUUAGCCAGAGGAAUUGACAUACCCGACUGCAACUUUGUAUUGUCAUAUGAUCCCCCAAAAAAUAUAAAAACAUAUGUACAUAGAGUAGGGCGCACUGGAAGAGCUGGCAGACUUGGAAAUGCUGUAACUUUUUUGGUUCAGAAUCAACUUCAAAUGUUCAAGGAAAUUUUGCAAUCAGGAGGGAAGGAGAAUAUUUCUCAAAUAGAAUUUACAUCAAAUAUGUUGGAGCCGCUAAUAGACAGUUAUCAGAGAGCAAUACAAUUUACUAAAGUAUCAAUUCAAAGUGAAAUUGAAAACAAAGUCAAAAAGUCCAUUGAACUAAAGAGAGGUGCUAAACAGAAAGCACGAAAAAGAAAACUCAGUGAAAAUAAAAGUAAUAAUUAG